AUGUCUGUUAAAAUAGCGUGUUAUGUGACCGCUUCGGUCACCGUUGCCACCUUGAUGGUUUGCUUCAUGACCAUGUCGACCAUCUAUUCUGAAGUCGAUGGAUUCAAGGAGCAACUCGACACUGAGAUGAACGUUUUCAGAGAAUCCACCAAUGGAUUGUGGAAGGAUAUCGUCGUUAUCGGAAGAAACAGCAAGCGUGUCCGUCGUCAAUAUGAGGAGACAAAUGCCACUCCAACUCCACAUGGAGAUGGAUCUCCAUCUGCUCCACCAGGUUCACCACCAGCAGUUCCACCAGUCUUCAAUCAACCAAAGACUCCAAAUGGAGCUAAUGGAAACGGACCAACCUGCAACUGCAAUGCUGAUAACAAGUGCCCAGCUGGACCAGCAGGACCAAAGGGAGUUCCAGGAGUUCCAGGACUCGAUGGAAUUCCAGGACUUGACGGAGUUCCAGGAGUUGGAGCUGAAGAUAUUGCCCCACAACGCGAGUCUGUCGGAUGUUUCACUUGCCCACAAGGACCAGUUGGACCACCAGGAGCUCUCGGAAGACCAGGACCACGUGGACUUUCAGGACCAAAGGGACAAAAUGGAAAUCCAGGAAGAGACGGACAACCAGGGCAUCCAGGAGAGCAAGGAUCAUCUGGACCAAUUGGAAAGAUCGGAGAGCCAGGACCACCAGGAGAGAAGGGACGUGAUGCUGAACAUCCAAUUGGAAGACCAGGACCAAAGGGACAAAAGGGAGAUCAAGGACCACCAGGACCACCAGGACAAAAUGGACUUCACGGACCACCAGGAGAGCCAGGACCAGUUGGACCAGAGGGACCAAAUGGAAAGCAAGGACGUCAAGGACCAGACGGAACCCAAGGAGAGACUGGACCAGAUGGAAGACCAGGAAAGGACGCCGAGUACUGUCACUGCCCAGACAGAGCUCCACCAUCAGAGGCUGUCAACGGAAACCGUGGAUACAGAAACUUCUAG